AUGUCUUUCAACGUUUUAGUGCUAGGAAACGGAGGAAGAGAGCACGCUCUAGCGUGGAAGCUGGCGGCCUCCAAUUCCGUAGGUACAGUUUAUGUGGCACCGGGAAAUGGUGGUACUGCCGAUCUAGGCGGGAAGGUCGUGAAUGUGUGUGACCUCAGCCCUUCGCCAGCCCACUUCGAGGCCCUCCAGAAAUUUGCAGUAGAGAAUUCUAUUGGCUUAGUGGUCCCUGGUCCAGAACAGCCUCUGGUUGACGGGAUCUCUGACGUUUUCGCAAAGGUUGGUAUCCCUGUGUUUGGACCUUCUGCCAAGGCUGCAAUUUUUGAGGGCUCCAAAACGUUCUCGAAAGACUUCAUGGCUAAGCACAACAUCCCAACAGCCCGCUAUGCGAACUUCGAUAACUACGAAGAAGCGAAAGCUUAUUUACAGAAAGUGGAUUACCAAAUUGUUCUCAAGGCCGAUGGUAUCGCCGGCGGUAAGGGCGUACUGAUCCCCACUUCUCAGCAGGAAGCUCAAGAAGCUUUGAAAGCUCUCAUGGUUGAAAGGCAGUUUGGGUCUGCCGGUGACUCCAUUGUCAUCGAGGAGUUCCUAGAAGGCGACGAAAUAUCGAUCCUAACUAUUUCCGACGGUUAUUCGUACUUCAACCUUCCACCAGCCCAAGACCAUAAGAGAAUCGGCGAGAAUGACACCGGCUUGAACACUGGAGGUAUGGGCGCAUACGCCCCAGCGCCCGCUGCCACACCUCAACUGAUGCAAAGGAUGGAUCAGGAGGCCAUUAAGCCAACUAUCGAUGGUAUGAGAAAAGAUGGUCUUCCUUUUGUUGGCGUAUUAUUCACUGGCUUCAUCUUGACAGCUGACGGUCCAAAGGUUCUUGAGUACAACGUCAGAUUUGGUGAUCCUGAAACUCAAACUGUUCUACCUCUGUUGGACGAUGAAACGGACCUAGCCCAAGUUUUCUUGGCUGCUGCUGAGCACAGACUAGACUCCGUUGACAUCAAGCUGAAAGAAAACUACUUCUCAACUACUGUUGUUCUGGCAGCUGGGGGGUAUCCAGAAUCUUACGCAAAAGGGGACGUCAUCACUAUUGACACCGAGGCUCUUCCUGAAAACGCCCACAUUUUCCACGCCGGUACUGUUAAGAAAAACGGCCAAAUUCUCACCGCUGGUGGCAGAGUUAUCGCUUCUUCUGCUGUGGCGUCAACGCUCAGAGAAGCUGUUGACAAAGCCUACCAAGGAGUUGAGUGUAUCAAAUUUGAUAACUGCUAUUUCAGAAAGGACAUUGCUCAUCGUGCUUUCAAAGCUGCUGAGAAGUCUGCGGCUAACUCUAAAUCUAUCACAUACGCAGAAGCUGGUGUCUCUGUCGACAAUGGUAAUUUGCUGGUCCAAAAAAUUAAGCAGAAAGUUAAGUCCACCAGAAGAGCUGGCGCUGAUUCCGACAUUGGCGGUUUUGGUGGUCUGUUCGACCUGAAAGCUGCGGGUUAUAAAACAGACGAAACUCUUUUAGUUGCUGCGACUGACGGUGUUGGAACCAAGCUAAUGAUUGCUCAGGAAACUGGAAUCCACGACACCGUGGGUAUUGACUUGGUUGCCAUGAAUGUCAAUGACCUUGUUGUUCAAGGUGCUGAGCCAUUAAUAUUUUUGGACUACUUCGCCACUGGAGCUCUGGAUAUUAAGGUUGCAACUGAUUUUGUAUCUGGUGUUGCAGACGGCUGCAUUGCUGCUGGGUGUGCCUUAGUUGGCGGAGAAACUUCAGAGAUGCCGGGUAUGUAUCCCGCAGGCCACUACGAUACCAACGGUACCGCUGUAGGCGCUGUUGGUAGAAACGCUAUUCUUCCUAAAAUUGAGCGUAUGAGCUCUGGUAAUGUGCUGCUUGGCCUGGCUUCUGAUGGGCUACAUUCUAACGGUUUCUCCCUUGUAAGGAAAAUUAUAGAAACAGUUGAUGUGCAAUGGAGCGACAAAUGCCCUUGGGACUCUUCUAAAACCGUCGGCGAAGCCACUCUUGUUCCCACUAGAAUUUAUGUCAAGCAACUUCUGCCCUCCAUAAGGGAAAAUCUGCUGCUGGGUUUGGCUCACAUCACAGGCGGCGGUUUGGUUGAAAACAUACCACGUGCGCUACCAAAGAAUCUCCAAGCUAAAGUUGACAUGAACACAUGGGAAGUUCCAGAAGUUUUCAAGUGGUUCGGAAAGGCAGGUAACGUUCCCACCGAAGAUAUUUUGAAAACUUUCAACAUGGGCAUUGGUAUGGUCUUGAUCGUUGAAAAACAAAACGUGGCAAGAGUAAAGGAACUGCUGGCUGAAGCGAAUGAAACAGUAUAUGAAAUCGGUGUUCUGUGUGAGAAGCCAGACGGCGCGCCUGGAUGUGUUGUCGAGAAUGCUUCAAACCUGUAUUGA